CAACGGCGGAUUCCAUGUCUUUUCUUGUAAGUAAACCCGAACGGAUUAGGCGGUGGGUGUCUGAGAAGUUCAUUGUUGAAGGCUUAAGAGAGUUCGAACUGUUUGGAGAGCAGCCUCCGGGUGACUCUCGGAGAAAAACAAAUGAGGCAAGCUCCGAGUCGAUAGCUUCUUCCCCUAAAAGGGACACCAUGAGCAACUUCCUACCGGACAGCAGCUGUUAUGAGUUGCUCACUAUCAUAGGCAGAGGCUUUGAAGACUUGAUGGUUGUGAACCUGGCCAGGUAUAAACCCACAGGAGAGUACGUCACAGUCAGAAGAGUGAACCUGGAGGCUUGCACAAACGAAAUGGUCACAUUCUUGCAGGGGGAACUGCAUGUUUCGAAGCUAUUCAACCACCCUAACAUCGUGCCAUACAAAGCAACUUUCAUAGCUGACAACGAGCUGUGGGUAGUGACGUCUUUCAUGGCCUAUGGCUCUGCAAAAGAUUUAAUCUGUACCCAUUUUAUGGAUGGGAUGAGUGAACUGGCUAUUGCAUAUAUCCUCCAAGGCGUAUUGAAAGCACUUGACUACAUCCACCACAUGGGCUAUGUACAUAGGAGUGUUAAAGCCAGCCAUAUCCUGAUCUCUGUAGACGGGAAGGUGUACCUCUCUGGCCUGCGAAGUAACCUCAGCAUGAUCAACCACGGGCAGCGGCUCAAAGUCGUCCAUGAUUUUCCCAAAUACAGCAUCAAAGUCUUGCCUUGGCUCAGUCCUGAAGUCUUGCAGCAGAAUCUCCAGGGUUACGACGCCAAAUCUGACAUUUACAGUGUAGGGAUAACAGCCUGCGAGCUGGCAAAUGGCCACGUACCAUUUAAAGACAUGCCUUCUACCCAGAUGCUCUUGGAAAAGCUGAAUGGAACUGUGCCCUGCCUGCUGGACACCACCACAAUUCCGAAAACCUCCCGAUCCAGCGCGAACUGUGGGAUGGGCGAGAGCAUGGCUAUUAGCAACGUGAGAGCGGCCAACGGAGAGCUGGCCCUGCACCCUUAUCUUCGGACCUUCUCCACCUACUUCCAUAACUUUGUAGAGCAGUGCCUCCAGCGGAACCCCGAUUUCAGGCCGAGCGCAGCCACUCUGCUUAAUCAUCCCUUUUUCAAGCAGCUCAAGCGCCGUGCUUCCGAAGCGCUCCCUGAACUUCUGCGCCCCGUCACCCCCAUCACCAAUUUUGAAGGAACGCGGCCCCAGGACCCCAGUGGCAUUUUUGGGCUGGUGUCAAACCUGGAGCAGCUGGAAGUGGAUGACUGGGAAUUCUAGAAAAAACGGGGACUGUACCUACUUCUGGAGGAGUUUUCUGGACAUUGUAAUUUAUUGGUCCUGUUCAUAAAAAGUGGUGAAUGUUACGCAAGGAAGAGUUUACAGGUCCUGGGGAAGGAACUUCAACUGCCUGUUCACUUUAGUAGUAGCCUGGAAACAUGCACAGACC